AUGAUCUACACGGCCCUUCUCGGCAGUCGAAUUCAAGUGUCAGACCAAAAGACCGCCUCGCGUCUCGCCCGUCUCCUUGGCUGGAUACAGUGGCGACGCUAUAGACUUCAGAUUCGUGUCGAGGCUCUCCGCGAAUGGAUCUUUCUCUGGUUGACCCACAUUCUCUAUCUCCUGGGUCUGGCCCCGGAUGUACGCGAGAUACAGUCCAUAAUUGCGCAGCAACAGCAGCAGCAGAACAGUCUACCGAAGCCAUCAACUUGA